UACUCUUGUUAUGCAUAAUUUAUUAUGGUAUGGUUUUUUUUAAACGCUAUUUUUCCUUACUAAUAUCUUGUAAUUUGUCUAUUAAAUUGAUAAUUUAAACAAAUAAUUUCAUCUAAUUAAUUACUGUUAUUUUUAAUUAUUUAUAAAAUAUUUUUGUGUCUAGAACAAAACGAAAUGUGUUCAGUAUUAGUUAUUGGAGAUAUGCAUGUUCCAUUUCGUAGCAGUGGCUUGCCCACUCAAUUUAAAAAGUUGCUUACACCCGGAAAAAUACAACAUGUUCUAUGUACGGGUAAUCUGUGUACUAAAGAAAUGUAUGAAUUUUUAAAAUCUAUAGCCAACGAUGUUCAUGUUGUGCGUGGUGAUUUUGAUGAGAACCUUAAUUAUCCUGAUCAAAAAGUAGUAAAUGUUGGGCAAUUUAAAGUAGGUCUUUGCCAUGGUCACCAAAUAAUACCAUGGGGAGAUCCAGAAUCACUAGCUUUAUUACAAAGGCAACUUGAUGUUGACGUUUUAGUAUUUGGUCAUACACAUAAAUUUGAUGCUUUUGAACUUGGGAAUAAAUUUUUCUUAAAUCCUGGAUCUGCUACAGGAGCUUUCAAUCCAUUAAAUCCGGAUAUCAUACCUUCUUUUGUGGUAAUGGAUAUACAAAGCUCUACUGUAGUAUCAUAUGUAUAUAGAUUGGUUGGCGAAGAAGUGAAAAUUGAAAAAAUUCAGUACACUAAAAAAUAAUUUUGUAGUGAUAAAAAAAAUAUAUGUUUUAUUUUUAUAUGUAUAAUUAAAUUUACUAUAAAUUUUUAUUGAAAAAUCAUAUUGAUUUUCUUUCGAUAUUCCAAUUUAUUUAUUAAAAAUAUGUAUUUUAGCUUAACGUGUAUUCUUAUAUUAUUAUGCAAUUAUAUAAUCUAUAUAAAUAUAUUAUUAUUACAUUUAACAUAA